CUUAGUUCAACCUCAGUGACGCAGGCCAGUCUCUUUUUUUCACUCCUGGAUUGAUAAACUUGAUUGUUUUGUUGAACGAAUGAAAUGUUGCCGGCCUCACUGACAAAAGGCUGCCAAACAGCAUUAAAAGCACCACAGCCUCCUAUGAUCGGUGAAGCCACUCACCACAGUAUUGAGCUGAGCUGGGAGAAUGAAGAGUAUGAAGCAAGGCAGGGCCCCCCUGAGGGAUGGACCAGCUUUUCUAUAGAGAAGAUGGACCCCAAGUCACGCACAUAUGGGACUGUUUAUGUUGGCUACAGCAGUUGCUAUACAGUUAAAGACCUGGAGCCCCGCACGCAAUACUUGUUCAGACUGAGAAUCAACAAGCCCACAGGAGAGUCCCUCUGUAGCCAGCCUGUGUCUGCCUGCACCACGAGGGAGCCUCUGAGUGGUAUGCACCUGCACAAGGCAGUCAACAUGAACGAUGAGGAGCAGGUGAACAGAGUGCUCGAGUCGGGGACAGUCUGUGUGAAUGCCACUGAUAAACUGGGCCUCACUGCUCUCAUGCUGGCUGCACAGAAAGGCUACACCAGAAUAGUACAGACACUGGUGAAACACGGUGCUGAUGUGAACAUGAAGAAUAGCACUGGAAGGGACAGCCUGAUGUUAGCAUGUUUUUCGGGCCACCUGGACAUUGUGAAGCACCUUAGGCAGUAUGGAGCUAAAUGGCAGUCCCGGGACAUGGGUGGCUGCAGCCCUCUCCACUGGGCUGCAGAUGGAGGACACUUGCCCGUCAUAGCGUACAUGAUCCAGGAUGGCUGCGAGCUGGAUGUGAGGGACAGUGUGUCUCACUGGACCCCUCUGAUGAGGGUUUCUGCAGUCAGUGGGAACGCAGCAGUCGCCUCUCUGCUCAUCAAAGCUGGAGCUGAUGUCAAUGCCAAGGAUAAGGAUGGCAAGACACCGCUCAUGGUGGCAGUGCUGAACAACUAUGAGAAGCUGGUCCAGCUGCUGUUGGAUAGCGGAGCAGACCCUCAUGUGAAGAAUGAGUUUGGGGCUGGAGCUGCUGAAAUGGCGAAUGCAUUUGGAAGAGAGAGUAUCGUCAGGCUGUUAGAAACGAAGAAGAGCAUGGCACAUUAGUUGGAAGCGUAAGAUCACAGUGCUGGCCUCCAUAACUGCCUUUUAUUGAUCUACUGUAUGUAUUCAUAACUUUUUAGAUCUAAAUAUUUCAAAACUGAAUAUGUGCCAUACAGACCUGAACUAAUGCUUUGGAGGUUGACUUAACUUUCCAAGUGGUGUUUAUAGGUUUCAUCAGAUGUGCUUGAUUGACUUGGUGAAGAGUUUUGGUGGCUCUGUUUUGGUGCAUUUUCCUUUUCUAAGAUUAGGCCCAAUACGUUUGUAGAGGAAAUGCAGAUGCUGGUAAUUACAAAACAUUUCCUUGUGAGCAUGUUCAUCAAAAGGGUGAGGACUUUAUUCUCAUGGAAGUGUCCUGGACAUAGAAAUUGAAUGAACUGAACUGAACUGAAUUUCUAUGUUCACAGUGUCCACACAGGGUAUGGAUGGCCAUUAAAUGGUUUAAACAGUAGGAAUGUUGUAGGCAAUAUAUUCUGAACCCACAGUGCCACCACCACCAAGACUAUUAGCUAAACACACACACAUGUAGAGCCUACUGACACCACACACCCGAUCUGUUGUCUUGGGUCGUGGUUCGGCUAACUAACACCCUGUUAAGA